CUCUUCUACUCUUUCUUCAAAACACUCGUGGGGAAGACUGUAACGGUGGAAUUGAAGAAUGACCUGCAAAUACAAGGGACGCUGGUCUCAGUAGAUCAGUUUCUGAAUAUCAAGCUUGACGAUAUUCAGGUGUUGGACGAGCAAAAGUUUCCUCAUAUGAUGUCGGUGAAGAACUGUUUCAUACGAGGGUCCGUUGUUCGAUAUGUCUCGCUCCCAGCACAAGCGGUGGACACAGCGCUGCUGCAGGACGCGGCUAGACGAGAGGCUCAGAAGUGA